GGGCCGAAAGGGAGGACAGCGUCUGAGUACGCUCUGGAUUUCCGGACGGUGGCUGCGUCCACUGGCUGGAACGACCAGGCCCUGUUGACGGUUUUCCACAGCGGGCUACAGGCAGACGUCCAGACCAAGCUUGCCUGUCUUUAUGAGGACCUCACGCCAUCAACAGGGUCUCUGCUCCUACUGCGGGGAGUCGGACCACCCCUGGAACACCUGUCCCAGAAGGAGAACCAGCCGAGGAAGCGACAGGCCGAGGAGCACUCCUGCACCUUCCCAGGUAGACGUGGACAUGCUCCUCUCUGUCCACCUAGCCCAUCCUCUUCCCUGUCACCUUCCCAGAGUAUCCUGGUCCCCCACUGAGUCCUGCCCUAGUGGACUCAAGUGCUGCAGGCAAUUUCCUAGACCGGUCAGUGGCCGUAUCAUUACGCAUUCCUCUAGUCCCUUUACAACCCCCUAUCCCAGUCCAUGCCUUAGACAACCAUCCCCUAGGAACAGGACUGGUGAGCCAGACCACAAUUCCCAUUUUCCUUACAGUUGAUCACAACCACCAUGAACGCAUCACGUUCAUCAUCUUAGACUCUCCUGCACACCCCGUAGUUUUAGGUCUCCCCUGGUUACAGUUGCAUAACCCUAGUAUAUUGUGGACAGAGAGGAGGUUGUUGAGUUGGUCGCAGGGGUGUCAGGGGAGGUGUCGCUCGGUGUCUAUCUGUGCCACCUCCGUGGAAAGUCUGGACCAGGCCAUCCACGUCCCUAUCCCGGAGGAAUACCGGGACCUACAGGUGGCUAAUUUAAAGACUCGUGCCACGUGCCUGCCCCCUCAUUGCCCAUGGGACUGCACUAUCGACCUACUCCCUGGUUCUACCCUCCCGCGGGGGCACAUCUACCCUCUCUCGCAUGCAGAGACCAAAGCCAUGGAGGUCUACAUCUAGGAAGCACUGGCCCAAGGAUUCCUCCGUCCGUCUACUUCUCCGGCCUCUUCCAGCUUAUUUUUCGUGAAGAAGAAGGACGGAGGUCUCCGCCCCUGUAUCGAUUACCGGACACUGAAUAAGGCUAUAGUUAAAUGUAGUUAUCCCCUGCCUCUCAUACCCACUGUGAUCGAACAGAUGCACGGUGCAAAGUACUUUACCAAAUUGGAUUUACUCAGUGCCUACAACCUGGUGCGCAUCAGAGAGGGGGAUGAAUGGAAGACCACCUUCAGCACCAGCACCGGCCACUACGAAUACAGGGUCAUGCCCUACAGCCUGACAAAUACAUCCUCGGUGUUCCAAUCCUUCAUUAACGAGGUGUUUAGAGACAUGUUGGGUCGCUCUGUAGUGGUGUACAUAGAUGACAUCUUGGUGUACUCCAUUACACGCGAGCAACAUGUCUCUUGUCAGGUCCGUUUUGGAGAGGCUGAUAGGGCCUCACACGUACGCCAAGGCGGAGAAGUGCCUUUUCUUCCAACAGCCGGUCUCCUUCCUGGGCUAUCGGAUAUCCGCUGCGGGAGUGGAGAUGGAAGAACAGAGGGUCAGUGCAGUACGGUCGUGGCCUGUUCCCUCCAACAUCAAGGCGGUGCAGUGCUUCCUAGGUUUUGCCUAGGAAGCACUAUUUCAGGUGCUUCAUUUGGGGUUUCAGCACAGUGGUGGCCCCUCUCACCUCCCUCCUGAAGGGAGGUCCUCGACAGCUGCGCUGGACUGGGGAGGCCAAUGAAGCCUUUCGUGCGCUCAAGGAACAGUUUACGAACGCUCCGGUUCUGUCUCACCCUGAUCCGUCUCUGCCCUUCAUCGUGGAGGUGGACGCCUCCGAGGUUGGAGUAGGGGCUGUUCUCUCCCAAUGUACUGGAUUGCCGCUUAAACUCCAUCCAUGCGCCUUCUACUCAUGGAAGCUGUCUCCCGCGGAGCGGAAUUAUGACGUGGGGGAUCGUGAGUUGUUGGCCGUCAAGAAGGCGCUGAAGGCAUGGCGGCACUGGCUCAACACCCAUUCCUUGUCUGGUUGGACCACCGGAACCUAGAGUACAUUCGAGCUGCGAAGAGGCUGAACCUGCGUCAGGCCAUGUGGGCCCUAUUCUUCACCAGGUUUGACUUUACCCUCUCCUACCGGCCGGGAUCUAAGAACGUUAAGGCCAAUGCGUUGUCCCGGGUGCAUGACACAGAGGAUCUAAGGGAGGAAGUGACACCCAUUAUUCCCCUGUCCCGCAUUGUGGCUCCUGUCGUGUGGAAUGUGGACGCGGACAUCCGUCGAGCCCUACGACAGGAGCCCUCUCCUGCCCACUGUCCCGAGGGGCGUAUCUACGUGCCCCUGAUGUGCGGGACCAUCUCCUCGCCUGGGCACACACAGCACCUGUAUCGGGGCACCCGGAUAUAGCCCGUACUAUCAACUGUCUCUCCGCCAAGUACUGGUGGCCCACCUUGGCCCGGGAUGUCCGGGUUUACAUCUCUUCCUGUUCCACCUGCGCACAGAGCAAGACACCGAGACACCUCCCCUAUGGCAAACUCCACCCUCUGCCGGUUCCACAAUGACCCUGGUCCCAUCUCUCCGUGGACUUUGUCACAGACCUUCCCCCCUCAGAGGGGCACACCACCGUCAGUGGAUUAAAGUACUUAAGUAAAAAUACUUUAAAGUACUACUUAAGUAAUUUUUUGGGGUAUCUGUACUUUACUUUACUAUUGAUAUUUUUGACUACUUUUACUUUUACUUCACUACAUUCCUAAAGAAAAUAAUGUACUUUUUACUCCAUACAUUUUCCCUCACACCCAAAAGUACUCGUUAUAUUUUGAGUGGCUAGCAGGAAAGGAAAAUGGUCAAAUUCAUGCACUUAUCAAGACAUUGGCUCCCUGUCUAGGGCCCAACAUGGGAAGGAUUUUUUUGUUUGCGUAGUGGUAAACCGACGGGUGGUUAGGGGAGCUUCAGUGCAACUGUCAGGAAUCUGUGGGGAGGAGGACAGUGGCAUGGAACUGCAGUCAUUUUAGCUUUCUGUUAACUCUGUCUCCAAGAAAUGCCUAUAGCACCUCCUGCUCAAGCCUCUAUCACAAGUGGAUAAUUUGUGUCAAAAAGGUAUUCUGUGAGAUGACAGUAUGCACUCAUUUGGAUACACACAAGAAGUUGAAGACCCUACAGACCUCAUGGUCUGAAUGUCACAGUGGAUGCCCACUAAACACAUUUCUUAUCCAGGCACAGAAGUACCUCAAUCAGAGAGUUGAAAUGGAAGGAUUUAGGUGAGAGGAAAUAGCAUUCAUGUCUAGAGAGUAUUUUUGGUCCUGUCCUUUUAUCACAAAUCAAGGAAUUCCAGUGUCCGGUUCCAGAUUGCAUUGACCAAAUACCCCAAAGUGAGUGAGUAUGAAUGGCAUGAAGGCCCAUGAGCCAGACAUGCAGCUAUAAAGUGUCUGGUGUCAUGAUUACUUUUGUCGAUUAACCAUAUAUUCUAUCUGACACCAUAAAGAGGUACUGACAAAAUGAGAUACUGCCACCAUGGAGGCUCAUCGAGCAGUGUUAUACUUGACUUGACCAAACUGCCUGCCUUUUCUCUGCCCUCAGGAAGUGGACAUUGUGACACUAAGGAAGCGUUGUCACAACAGUAUAUUAUUGGGUAAAAUUGUGACACUGCAAAAAGUGGAAUAUGAGCUCACAGACUUAGAAGAGAGUGAGAUAAAUUGGAUAUGAAAUACAGUACACUUUUAAACACAUCAAUAAAAAUACUUUCUAGAACAUAUGGCUUUCUUCCAAUGCUGCUCUGCUACCAGUUGGACACCCAGGGCCAGAGUUACUGUUGGACACUUGGGUGUUUCACUAAGCAAUAGGACGUGUUCCACCGCUCGGUUGCUGUUUAACGAUUGCUACAGACGAGAUGAGACGCCAUACUGCGUCGUCGCAAACAACCAAGUGAGUCAUUCAGCUCCAAAACCCCUAAAACAUGUGGCCCUGAUCUUGGCCUUCUGCCUCAGUCUGAGGUCUUGAAAUGAGGACAAGGCAGCGCUUCAGAGGACAAAAUAAGUAAUACUGUAAAAAACACAGGCAUGUUUAUAAUGUGUUUCUCUUACAAAUGUGGAGAGUUACACAGCUUACAUUACAAGUUUACAAGUUGUCUCUGAUUCUGGCACAGCAUAUGAAAAUAACUGUGUCAAGAGUGUUGAUGUUGUGAUACCGUUAUGGUCCUGUACAUCAUACACAUCACAGUAGCAACACUCAAGACCGCCUCUAUUAGGGAUUUGAGCCUCAUGCCAAAAGAUGACCGCACCUCUCAAUGGCGAAACAGCAAUCUAGGAUCUGUGCCUGCAAGACCAAAAGCAAAGGGAUCGUUUUUUUGUCCGGUGUCAUGAUUACUUUUGUCGAUUAACCAUAUAUUCUAUCUGACACCAUAAAGAGGUACUGACAAAAUGAGAUACUGCCACCAUGGAGGCUCAUCGAGCAGUGUCAUACUUGACUUGACCAAACUGCCUGCCUUUUCUCUGCCCUCAGGAAGUGGACAUUGUGACACUAAGGAAGCAUUGUCACAACAGUAUAUUAUUGGGUAAAAUUGUGACACUGCAAAAAGUGGAAUAUGAGCUCACAGACUUAGAAGAGAGUGAGAUAAAUUGGAUAUGAAAUACAGUACACAUUGAAACACAUCAAUAAAAAUACUUUCUAGAACAUAUGGUCCUGAACAUCAUACACAUCACAGUAGCAACACUCAAGACCGACUCUAUUAGGGAUUUGAGCCUCAUGCCAAAAAACGACCGCGCCUCUCAAUGGCGAAACAGCAAUCUAGGAUCUGUGCCUGCAAGACCAAAAGCAAAGGGACCGUUUUUUUGUCCAAUUUAUUUCAAUACCACUUCAAAAGCAUUGAAGAACAAUCUGAAUCACUUUGACCAUCCUGUCUUAUAUGUCUUGUAUGUUAGCAGGUUGAGGUCCUGAAAUAAACAGAGAUUUGCACUGCAUGUAGUAGUGGUUGGUGAAUGGGACAGGGUUAGAGGAGUUAGGUUACAAGGCUUUGACAUGCUGUUGGAGGACCCUGGGGUUAUUGGGGCCAAAUGCCGAUUUUUUCAAUUGCUAAUUAUGGCGAGAGAUGGAACAAUGGCGUCCACUACGAAAUGAGGCAGUGGAAAAUGUUGUCUGAGGCCAAGUAAUACAGACUCCAGCUUAAGUUUAUCCUAAACUGCUGGAGUAAAGUUAGUGGGUCAAAGUGGCUCUGGGCUUGAGGCUGAAGACCACAAACAUUGAAACCAGCAAUGUUUCAGAGGGUACUCGCCUUAGGGUCCAAUGUCAACAACCAAAAGCCCCCAGUGCCAUUCUGAAGGUAUCCUCUCAGUGAUGAUGGUCCCGGUAAAAGCUGGUGUGAUGCGAUAUCUGCUUUCGCUAUCAGAUCCUGGCCUGCACCACACGAAUCCUCUCCUACCAAUCAAAGUGAAGCACUACCAGUGCCCAAGAUGCUUCCUUCGCAAGUGUGCCAGCGAGUUAAUCAAAGCCUCGCUGGUGCAAAGAAACAUUCAUUGGGACAUAUUACAGCAGAGCAUUUGCUCAGUUGCAGUCAAGGCCCUGUCAUAGCAGAUUUAUCUGGGCUACCACCUAAAGAAAAGUACCGUUUUUUUGUCUGACGGUAAUAGCUGUUAGCCUUUUCCCACCUGUCUUUGGAGUCUCAGCUGUGGUAGUCAUGAUUCUGUUACUCUAGCUGUGUAAAUAUAACAUUAAACGCCUAAUAAGCACACCUUGUACUUGGAGUAGAGCACUUUUGCAGGGUGAAAAGGCCUCCUCUCCUUUCUGCUCCCUCUCUUUUCACUACUCUUUCCUCCAUGACCACAGAGUUAAUACCCUGCCUAUAAGGUGUUGAUCUUAGCUGCCUUCCAGGUUCCAUACUGGCUUAACCUGUCAGUUUCUGGGCCUGAUUAAACCAAGCAAAUAGCUUCACCUGUCUCUGAUAUUGGUCUGUGUAGUGUGCUGGCUGGCUGGCGGACUCACACAACCUGUGGAUUCCAUUGCUUGCUUCAUUAGGCUGUCAGUCAAGGAGAAUGUUUUCUCUGUCUGAUUUCGUAGUAGCUGAAAGACUAUACUGUAGAUGAAUAUAUCUUAUAUACCAUAGGCCUCUGCUGUUUUGACAUAGGAUGGCAUAUCAAAACCAACCCUUGUUUUUCUGCGGAAUAUGGUAGAAAAAAAUGCUUAAUUGUUGAUGAUGGGGACAUGGGGUAUCUGAGGCGUUCCCCUGCUACUCAAAAAGAGCACACAUAGUACUGUGUAUAGGACUAUGUCUGAGGGCCUUAUAGGUUCACUGUCAGCCCGUGGAUCAUUAUGAAAAUAUAUUGUACUUUCUUGCUUAUACACAGUAACAUCUUAAAAAGGAAGUGUGAUACAUUGAAAUGUAGAAUCUUUAUUGGAGAUGCUUUUUAAUCCAAGACCAGGCUUAAUCUCUGUCCCGGAAAAUCUGUAUUACCCCAAUGUUUACAAGGCCAAAGGCUGAAUUGACUCUCUGGCAAUCUCACAUAGGUUACAUGCACAGCACAGCUGUAACUACAGGCACUCACCGUAGGGAUGUUUGCAGAGGCAGGGGCAGAUCUGGUUUGCAUUGAUGAUCCUCUUUAACCUCUAUACAGAUGGGAGAACAUCGUCUAAACAGAAUUUCAUUAGCACUCAUUUCAAAAAGCUAGAUGGAGGUCAAGCUUUUUUCAUAGUUGUGGAUGUUUUGGAAUGGGAUUUUUCCACUGAACAUUAUGUGGCACCCUAUAAAGUUGCUCAACAUAACACCUGACAGACAUCUGUAAAAUGUUUUUAUUUUCAUUUUACUGAAAAUAUACUGUACCUUGCAUACCUCUUCCUUCCCAUAACCACAACAAAUGUUUUGCAGGAACAUGAAAAGUUAUCCAGGCUAUGGUUUCGGUUUCCAUGAGCAGAACCAAUAUGCUAGUGAAUCCAGAAAGGUAAUGUUUGUAUACAAUAAAGGUGCUUGGACCAACCACUUUGAAUAUUUUCUCUCAAGGAAUUGAAUUCCUUUAAAAUAGAUAGUAUAAACAUGAUGGCUAUUUGCAUGUGGAAACUUUACUACACCUUUAAAGGGCAACUCCACAACUUUUUAACUUUAUUUUCAUUAUCUCCAGCACAAUACCAACAUACACUACAUUACCAAAAAUAUGUGGUCACCUGCUCGUCCAACAGGCUUUCCACUAGAUGUUGGAAGAUUGCUGCGGGGACUUGCUUCCAUUCAGCCACAAGAGCAUUAGUGAGGUUGGGCACUGAUGUUGGAAAAUUAGGCUUGGCUCACAGUCGGUGUUCCAAUUCAUCCCAAAGGUGUUUGAUGGGGUUAAGGUCAGGGCUCUAUGCAGGCCAGUCAAGUUCUUCCACAUCGAUCUCGACUAACCAUUUUGUGCACGGGGGCAUUGUCAUGCUGAGACAGGAAUGGGCCUUCCCCAAACUGUUGCCACAAAGUUGGAAGUACAGAAUAGUCUAGAAUGCCAUUGUAUGCUGUAGCGUUAAGAUUUCCCUCCACUGGAGGUAAGGGGCCUAGCCCGAACCAUGAAAAACAGCCCGACACCAUUAUUCCUCCUCCACCAAACUUUACAGUUGGUACUAUGCAUUCGGGCAGGUAGGUAUAGGUAAAAUAGGUAAAAAGUACCACAAAAAUAACAGUGAUUUUAAAAUACUAUGAUAUCUGCAGUGAUGUGGGGAGCAAGAAAAAAAAAGGUUUUUUACUUUUAAUGCUACCCUGUGAUGUCAGAGAGAAACAUUUUAAAAGACUUUUCUUCUUAUAUUUUUAACCACAGAUCAUAGAAACCCGCUGUUUUCACAUAUGUAGACACUGGUUUGGUGCUGGAGAUAAUGAAUAUAAGGUUGAAAGGUGGCGGAAUUGCCCUUUAAUAAUGGUGUUAUAACAAAACAUUGGUCAAACUCCUGCCACCUGUUUUGUUUUAACGCUGUAAGAUACUGUACUUUGACAUUAGGCUACAUUACAUGAUCUUUGGAUGUGAUAGUUACAUGUUAAUGUAUAAAGUUGGUUGUCAUAUAAAAUGGCAGCAUUAAUGGAAUUUCUAAUUAGUUUCCAAUAAGUUAUUGGGUAGCACUCCCCGUUCCCUUUCACUGAACUGCUGUGAUAAGGAUACAUGCAUUCCUCUCGCGGACUCCAAGACGCCCAGGGGUUGCGUCGACGCGGUUCAAGUCUAUAAAGAGGGCUGAGCAACGAAACAAAUGUUGAAUAAUACAUGGUUGCCUGUGCAAGCUUUUGGAGACUGAGUCUUGAUCUUGGUGACGGACUUCUCAUGCGGUUGCUCGUUUUAUUUUCUUUAGGAGAGAAUGAGGCACUCCUCGGAAUACAUUACUUCACUAUCAGCUCAGGUGAAUCAUUGUUGAUAAUAAGUAACAUUCUCGUGGAUUAAUCCCUGAGUUUAAGGAACUUUAGAAUUUCAUGGUUCACAGUUAAAUUAUUUAACAUCUGAAAACCGAAGGAAUAAAUCUUCAUUUGUGUCUAUGGAUUCACUGUUUGGUCAGGUAAUAUCAUUAUUACUUAUUUCACAACAUGAAUGAUAUUAUUGUAGCCUAUGCUGCUGAACUAGCUAUGAACAUUAAAAAUAACAAUUUUGAUCAUGCACACAGGUCCCUUUUAAUUUGUACAUGGCAAAUUAAUUGAAUAGCACAUUGAGUCAUUUUAUAUUUAUAAAUCAUUCAUGAUAUUUACAAUGAACAAUUGUUUGGGGUUUUUUUCGAAUAAAAUGGGUGAAAUAUUUUUUCCCAGGUCAAAAGUUACACUCCAUGUAAUUAGUAGUUACAUACAUUGUUCAUCUUAAUAAGGCUUUUUAGAAUAACUAUGCAUGUUUUUUGUUUUACCAAUAAUAAGUGCACAUGUAUUGGGCUGAAUUAGUAUGAUUUCAUUUAUUUUUUAAACCUGAAAUUCUCUCAUGAGAAGAAAUUGUUUGUAAAUUGCCUCCAGUGUGUCAGAGUGGCUCUGGGUCGUUCAUAAAUUCAGAGCGAUGUCAGAUUAUCUGUUCAUAAAUUCAGAGCGCUUCGCUCUCGGAGCGUUCAGAGCGCACACUGGACGCUCUGGCCGAGGAGUAGGGUUGAUCCGAGCGUUCUGACCUCACAACAGCAGUCAAGCACCCAAGCUAAUUGGCUAAAGUUGGUUAGCUUGCUUGCUACUUCCAGACAAAAAAGAGAGAACACCUCACUCUGACCAUUUUACUCGCCCUAGCAGAGUUGGUUAGGCUGUUUUCAUGUUAUCUAGAGCGUUAGUGACUGUAACUGUGCUGCUAGCAACAAUUUAAUAACGUUUUUUUCGCCGACGUUUACUGACACCGGUCAUAUUCAACGGGUGUUGCACGUUCGUAAAUUCAUCAGUUAUUCUGUGCUCUGGCACACUCAGACGAGAGUGCUCUGAACUCGGAGUAGAGAGACAGAGUGAAUUUACGAACGCACCCUUUGUUAGACAUUUUUGUUUUAGAUUAGAAAAGCCAAAGAACGAGGACUGCAAAUGCAUCCUAUAAAACUGUAGUAGCCUAUGUGAUGUUUGGCAAGGCAGGGGCAUUACCUUUGUGUGUGUGUUUCUCAUUAACAAUGGUAAGGUCUCUCUGCUACAAUCGAUCCGAAAUCAUUGCUAGAUCGAUUCUGAGUAACUCAUGAGAAAACACACCCUACACAGACUAGGCACAGUUUAGGAUUUUAUGUAUACCUAAUUUUGGAAGAAAUAUUGUGACUCUGUUCUGUUGUUCUGCAUUGAAGGGUGUGAAGAAGAAGGAAAAAGGUGAUUUGAUUGUCAUCGUGUAGCUGCUACGCCUAUGGGUUUGCUAUCAUGAUAGAGCACCUUUCACAGAAUGUGUGCUGUGUCACUGUCAGACACGGUCAAGACUUGAUGGAGCACCUUUCACAAGAACUGUCUUGACUUGUCCUGCAUUCUCAGGUUGCAGAGUACCAUGAGGGGGGAACUGUUUGGCAUUUGUCUACAAUAGGCUAUUUAAAGGACACUAGCUAGCUCCCAGAUAGGCCUACAGUCUGGGUAGACUACCUACAUGAUGCAAUUAUUUAUAGAGAAGAGCAAGAUUAUUUUUAUUUGUCAAAUGGCAGCCAAGCAUCAUCAUUACGUCACCAGAAUAAGACCCUCGAUAUUUAUUGGAAAGCAGCAUCAAGAGCAUCACCGUGCACUUUCACCACACUGAAGUUCAUCAUCAUUUAUUGCAUGUGUAGCCUAAUAAACGACACGCUUUCCGGAGUCUGACCACACAAUUGUCAUCAUGCAACUACUGCAGAGGGACUACGCCUAUGGAUCUGCUAUCAUGAUAUAGCACAUUUCACAGAAUGUGUGCAGUGUCACUGUCAGACACGGUCAAGACUUGAUGGAGCACCUUUCACAAGAACUGUCUUGACUUGUCCUGCAUUCUCAGGUUGCAGAGUAGGACCAUGAGGUGGAAACUGUUUGGCCUUUGUCUACAAUAGCCUAUUUCAAGGACACUAACCAGGUUUCCAUCCAACGUUUUAAUGAGAGUUAGCAUGCAGUUUAUUAGGCUACACAUUAAAUAAAUGAUGAUGAACUUCACAGGGUGGUGAAAGUGCAAGGUGAUGAGCUUGAUGCUCCUUUCCAAUAAAUAUCCAGGGUCUUAUUCUGGUGACUUAAUCAUCGAUGCUUGUCUGCCGUUUGACAAAUAAAAAUAAUCUCGCUGUUUUGUCCAUAAUAAUCUAAUCACGUAGGCUUUACGUGCGCUCUAGCCAACAGCGCGCAAUCUGCUCCCUGUACACUUUUGGCUAGCGCGCACGUCCCAAAACCAGUGGUACCAGCGUGGUAGCUAUUUGGUUUCCAUCCAAUUGGCAACCGAUUUUCAUGCGAAUAUUCUAAAAUCAGCAUAUGCACAUUUUCCCACAAGAGAUGUGUUUCCAUCAAAUUGACUUUCUGCGGAUGAAAGGCUGUCCGUGAUGAAAUAGUGAACAAAAAAAUAACUUUGGCGGUUACAUUCCCAUGUACCGAAUAAAAAAUACAAGUUAAAUGGGUUUCCGCAUUUUCAACUCUACUGAUGGUUAUGUCACAAAAAAUGUUGAGUUAAAUAGCGAAUGUUCACGCUGGUCUUGGCACGUGCGCUCUAGCCAACAGCUCGCCUUACAUUUUCCCACAUUUUGUUAGGUUACAGCUUAUUCUAAAAUUGAUUCAAUUGUUUUCCCUCAUCAAUCUACACACAAUACCUCAUAAUGACAAAGCAAAAACGGUUUUUGUAGACAUUUUGGCUAAUUUAUUAAAAAUAAAAAACUGAAAUAUCAUAUUUACAUAAGUAUUCAGACCCUUUACUCAGUACUUUGUUGAAGCACCGUUGGCAGCGAUUACAGCCUCGAGUCUUCUUGGGUAUGAAGCUACAAGCUUGGCACACCUGUAUUUGGGGAGUUUCUCCCAUUCUUCUCUGCAGAUCCUCUCAAACUCUGUCAGCUUGGAUGGGGAGUGUCGCUGCACAGCUAUUCUCAGGUCUCUCCAGAGAUGUUCGAUCGGGUUCAAGUCCGGGCUCUGGCCGGGCCACUCAAGGACAUUCAGAGACUUGUCCCGAAGCCACUCCUGCGUUGUCUUGGCUGUGUGCUUAGGGUCGUUGUCCUGUUGGAAGGUGAACCCUCGCCCCAGUCUGAGGUCCUGAACGCUCUGGAGCAGGUUCUCAUCAAGGAUCUCUCUGUACUUUGCUCUGUUCAUCUUUCCCUCGACCCUGACUAGUCUUCCAGUCCCUGCCGAUGAAGAACAUCCCCACAGCAUGAUGCUGCCACCACCAUGCUUCACCGUAGGGAUGGUGCCAGGUUUCCUCCAGACGUGACACUUGGCAUUCAGGCCAAAGAGUUCAAUCUUCGUUUCAUUAGACCAGAGAAUCUUGUUUCUCAUGGUCUGAGAGUCUUUAGGUGCCUUUUGGCAAACUCCAAGCGGGCUGUCAUGUGCCUUUUACUGAUGAGUGGCUUCCGUCUGGCCACUCUACCAUAAAGGCCUAAUUGGUGGAGUGCUGCAGAGAUGGUUGUCCUUCUGGAAAGUUCUCCCAUCGCCACAGAGGAACUCUAGAGCUUUGUCAGAGUGACCAUCGGGUUCUUGGUCACCUCCCUGACCAAGGACCUUCUCCCCCGAUUGCUCAGUUUGGCCUGGCGGCCAGCUCUAAGAAGAGUCUUGGUGGUUCCAAACUUCUUCCAUUUAAGAAUGAUGGAGGCCACUGUGUUCUUGGGGACCUUCAAUGCUGCAGAAAUGUUUUGGUACCCUUCCCCAGAUCUGUGCCUCGACACAAUCAUGUCACGGAGCACUACGGACAAUUCCUUCGACCUCAUGGCUUAGUUUUUGCUCUGACAUGCACUGUCAACUGUGGGACCUUAUAUAGACAGCUGUGUGCCUUUCCAAAUCAUGUCCAAUCAAUUGAAUUUAGCACAGGUGGACUCCAAUCACGUUGUAGAAACAUCUCAAGGAUGAUCAAUGGAAACAGGAUGCACCUGUGCUCAAUUUCGAGUCUCAUAACAAAGGGUCUGAAUACUUAAAUAAAUUUGCUAAAAUUUGUCAUUAUGGGGUAUUGUGUGUAGAUUGCUGAGGAAAUUGUUUUAUUUAAUCCAUUUUAGAAUAAGGCUGUAACGUAACAAAAUGUGGAAAAGUCAAGGGGUCUGAAUACUUUCCGAAGGCACUGUACAUUAUGAGAUUAUUAUGGACAAAAGAGCGAGAUUAUUUGUAUUUGUCAAACGGUAGCCAAGCGUCGAUCAUCAUGUCACCAGAAUAAGACUCUCGAUAUUUAUUGGGAAGGAACAUCCACUUUCACCACCCUGUGAAGUUUAUCAUCUGUAGCCUAAUAAAUUGCUUGCUUUCCCGAUUCCUAUCAUCGCGUGACUCCAAGUUAAUUUCAAUAUGAUGGUUAUUAUAUCAAUAUUUGCGCAUAAAAGCGUUUCCACCGCCAUUUCUUGCAUAAUUAACUUUACUUGAUGUAUUGUUGUUAGGAAAUAACUGAAUACUGAAUGAGUUUUCGUUUCACCAGUAAAAUGUGUCUUUAUUCUACGUAUAAUAGGCUAUUGGUUACUUUGCAAGUUUGGUUAUGGGAGUACUAUAUAUUAGUGAGGUUAGGAGUUUUUCCUGGUCAACUGGUCAGUAUAUUAAUAAUAACACCUUUCCUAUUUGCAGUGCCCUCCCACUCUGAGGACCCCCAUGACUCCCAGAGGCCAGUGAUGUUGGCCAUGCAGCACUACAACUCCUCAGGCCUGGCUGCCCCCCAUCUCCUCCCCAACCAGACUAGGGGGGUGGAGGGGGUGCCGGCCAUGGCCUGGAGGGCAAACAUCACAGAGAGGCCCAUGUCUCCCCCCAGUAACCCCACGGCAGCCGGCCUCUCCAUGACCCUGGGCAUCCUGUCCAACAUCGUGGCCCUGGUCAUCCUGGCCAAAGCCUACGCCCGCCUGCGCCGCCGCUCCAAGGCCACCUUCCUGCUCUUCGCCAGCUCCCUGGUGGCCACGGACUUUGCCGGCCACGUCAUCCCCGGUGCCCUGGUGUUGAGGCUGUACUCAGCUGGGUCUGCGACUGGGCCCUUAGCUCGCGCUGCCACCGAUGCCCCCUGCCAGUUCCUAGGGGGUAGCAUGGUGUUCUUCGGCUUGUGCCCAUUGUUCCUAGGCUGUGCCAUGGCUGCUGAGCGCUGCCUGGGCGUCACACAGCCCCUGCUCCAUGCCUCACUGGUCACCACGGCUCGCACCAAGAUGGCGCUGGCUCUCAUCUGGCUGCUGGCUCUGUGUGUGGCCCUCCUGCCCUUCUUCAGGCUGGGGGCCUACACCUACCAGUACCCCUGGACCUGGUGCUUCAUCAGGGUCCUGGGAGAGACUCAGGAGACGGACGUGGCCUUUGUCAUGCUGUUCUCUGGACUGGGCCUGGCCUCUCUGACUGUGGCCCUGGUGUGUAAUACCAUCAGUGGGGUCACGCUGGUGCUUGCCAGACUGCGUAAGAAGUGUAAGACCUGCUAACCGUCGCUCAGCCAAGUCCCACGACAUUGAGAUGGGGCCAGUGGUGGCUCUGAUCACCUCUUGCACGUGGAGCCCCUGUGGUGAGUGGAAGAUCAGUUCAUGAAGCUACAAUUCUGUGAAUCAGUGGAGGGGCAUCUGCCCAGAGGACCACAGCGCCUUCGGAAAGUAUUCAGACCCCUUACAUUUUUCCACAUUUUGUUAGGUUACAGCCUUAUUCUAAAAUUGAUUCAAUUGUUUUCCCUCAUCAAUCUACACACAAUACCUCAUAAUGACAAAGCAAAAACGGUUUUAUAGACAUUUUGGCUAAUUUAUAAAAAAUAAAUAAAUAAUAAUAUCAUAUUUACAUAAGUAUUGAGACCCUUUACUAAGUACUUUGUUGAAGCACCUUUGGCAGCGAUUACAGCCUCGAGUCUUCUUGGGUAUGAUGCUACAAGCUUGGUAUGCCUGUAUUUGGGGGAGUUUCUCCCAUUCUUCUCUGCAGAUCCUCUCAAGCUCGUUGGCUUGGAUGGGGAGAAUUGCUGCACAACUAUUUUCAGGUCUCUCCAGAGAUGUUCGAUUAGGUUCAAGUCAAGGCUCUGGCUGGGCCACUCAAGGCCAUUCAGAGACUUGUUCUGAAGCCACUCCUGCGUUGUCUUGGCUGUGUGCUUAGGGUCGUUGUCCUGUUGGAAGGUGAACCCUCGGCCCAGUCUGAGGUCCUGAGCGCCCUGGAGCAGGUUUUCAUCAAGGAUCUCUCUGUACUUUGCUCUGUUCAUCUUUCCCUCGACCCUGACUAGUCUUCCAGUCCCUGCCGAUGAAAAACAUCCCCACAGCAUGAUGCUGCCACCACCAUGCUUCACCGUAGGGAUGGUGCCAGGUUUCCUCCAGAUGUGACGCUUGGCCUUCAGGCCAAAGAGUUCAAUCUUGGUUUCAUCAGACCAGAGAAUCUUGUUUCUCAUGGUCUGAGAGUUUUUUUGCUUUUUGCUCUGACAUGCACAGUCAACUGUGGGACCUUAUAUAGACAGCUGUGUGCCUUUCCAAAUCAUGUCCAAUCAAUUGAAUUUAACACAGGUGGACUCCAAUCACGUUGUAGAAACAUCUCAAGGAUGAUCAAUGGAAACAGGAUGCACCUGAGCUCAAUUUCGAGUCUCAUAACAAAGGGUCUGAAUACUUAUGUAAAUAAGGUAUUUCUGUUUUUUGUUUUUUAUACAUUUGCUAACAUUUGUCAUUAUGGGGUAUUGUGUGUAGAUUGCUGAGGAAAUUGUUUUAUUUAAUCGAUUUUAGAAUAAGGCUGUAACGUAACAAAAUGUGGAAAAAUCAAGGGGUCUGAAUACUUUCCGAAGGCACUGUACAUGAUGAGAUUAAUAUGGACAAAAGAGCGAGAUUACUUGUAUUUGUCAAACGGUAGCCAAGCAUCGAUCAUCGUGUCACCAGAAUAAGACUUUCAAUAUUUAUUGGGAAGGAGCAUCAAGCUCAUCACCUUCCACUUUCACCACUCUGUGAAGUUUAUCAUCUGUAGCCUAAUAAAUUGCUUGCUUUCCCGAUUCCUAUCAUCGCGUGACUCCAAGUCUAUUUCGAUAUGAUGGUUAUUAUAUCAAUAUUUGCGCAUAAAAGCAUUUCCACCGCCAUUUCUUGCAUAAUUAACUUUACUUUAAGAUUUAUUGUUGUUAGGUAAUAACUGAAUACUGAAUGAGUUUUUGUUUCACCAGUAAAAUGUGUCUUUAUUCUAUGUAUAAUAGGCUAUUGGUUACUUCGCAAGUUUGGUUAUGGGAGUACUAUAUAUUAGUGAGGUUAGGAGUUUUUCCUGGUCAACUGGUCAGUAUAUUAAUUAUAACACUUUUCCUAUUUGCAGUGCUCUCCCACUCUGAAGACCACCAUGACUCCCAGAGGCCAGUGAUGUUGGCCAUGCAGCACUACAACUCCUCAGGCCUGGCUGCCCCCCAUCUCCUCCCCAACCAGACUAGGGGGGUGGAGGGGGUGCCGGCCAUGGCCUGGAGGGCAAACAUCACAGAGAGGCCCAUGUCUCCCCCCAGUAACCCCACAGCAGCCGGCCUCUCCAUGACCCUGGGCAUCCUGUCCAACAUCGUGGCCCUGGUCAUCCUGGCCAAAGCCUACGCCCGCCUGCGCCGCCGCUCCAAGGCCACCUUCCUGCUCUUCGCCAGCUCCCUGGUGGCCACAGACUUUGCCGGCCACGUCAUCCCCGGUGCCCUGGUGUUGAGGCUGUACUCAGCUGGGGCUGCGACUGGGCCCUUAGCUCGCGCUGCCACCGAUGCCCCCUGCCAGUUCCUAGGGGGUAGCAUGGUGUUCUUCGGCUUGUGCCCAUUGUUUCUGGGCUGUGCCAUGGCUGCUGAACGCUGCCUGGGCGUCACACAGCCCCUGCUCCAUGCCUCACUGGUCACCACGGCUCGCACCAAGAUGGCGCUGGCUCUCAUCUGGCUGCUGGCUCUGUGUGUGGCCCUCCUGCCCUUCUUCAGGCUGGGGGCCUACACCUACCAGUACCCCUGGACCUGGUGCUUCAUCAGGGUCCUGGGAGAGACUCAGGAGACGGACGUGGCCUUUGUCAUGCUGUUCUCUGGACUGGGCCUGGCCUCUCUGACUGUGGCCCUGGUGUGUAAUACCAUCAGUGGGGUCACGCUGGUGCUUGCCAGACUGCGUAAGAAGUGUAAGACCUGCUACCGUCGCUCAGCCAAGUCCCACGACAUUGAGAUGGUGGCCCAGCUGGUGGGCAUCAUGAUCACCUCUUGCAUCUGCUGGAGCCCCCUGCUGGUGAGUUGGGAAAGAUCAGUUCACUGAAGCUCACAAUUCUGCAUGAAUCAGUGGAGGGGUCAAAACUAUCUUUAUUGUGUUCCAUUCGGGAAUUAAGGUCUCUUUUCAAUCCUUAUCAUGGAAAUUGAAAGGCAAUGCUCCCAUGUUAGCGGGGACUGCAUUCAUGGUAAACGCUGCAUAUGUCUGCUCAAUUGGAAAAUCCCAUAUGAAAAAAGAUUAGUACACUACGGUAUCAAUCAGGGCUCUCCAACACUGUUCCUGGAAAGCUGCCGUCCUGUAGGUUUUUGCUCCAACCCCAAUCUAGCACAUCUGAUUCUAAUAAUUAGCUAGUUGAUAAACUGAAUCAGGUUAGCCUCAACUGGGGUUGGAGUGAACACCUACAGGAGGGUAGCUCUCCAGGAAUAGAUAACCCUGGUAUAAAUACUAUCUUAACAGAUAGUUUAACACUUCUGCUUUUUUAUGUAACCUGUAGGGAACACAAUAUGGUCUAUACUUGGCAUGUAGGUUUCUCACUUAUGGGUGUCACAAAUUGGGCUAUGGGGGAGAGGAAUGGGUAGGGUAUAUGCAAAUUAAAUACUGUCGUCUUUACUAUAGUAAAAAACGUUUCGUGUUUUUGCGGACUGUAGUGUUUUUGUGGACAUCACGGUGGUAUUUACUACAGUGUUCUUUUGCGGAUAAUACUGUAAUAUUAACUGUAGUAUUCUACAGUACACUACAACAUUCUAUAGUAAGUACAACACAUGAUUCAGGGAUACUACAGAUACUACAGAAUUCUAUAGUAAACUGUAGUAAUUUUUCAUGUGGGUUACAUUUACAUUUCUAUUGCGCAAUCUGUAACGCUUCAGCGAUACAGAUUGAAUAGAGCCCUUAAUCUUCAUUCACUGAGAUACUGAAAUGGAUUUGACUUCAACUAUGGAAAUGAAGAGUUAGAGCUCUAUAAUCUGAAAUGAUCCAAGUCAUCACCUACCACUGAGCUGUGAUAGGAAUGACAUGCUCUUCUGAAUGUUCAUGCAUCCCAUUCUCAGGCUGUGUGAAAGUGCAUGGUGAUUUAUCAUCAAAUAAGAAUGGUGUACAUCAGCACUUCAUGUAAUCCUUAUAAAUAAUAGUAAUGUUCAUAAUUGUUUGUGGCUCGGAGGAAUGUAAAUAUCCAAGAUAUUCUGACCUAUAAUUGUUUAUUAAUUAUUUCAAUUUAACCCUUAUUUUACAAGGUAAGUUGACUGAGAACACAUUCUGAUUUACAGCAACAACCUGGGGAAAAGUUACAGGAGAGAGGAGGGGGGAUGAAUGAGCCAAUUGGAAGGUGGGGAUGAUUAGGUGGCCAUAAUGGUAUGAGGGCCAGAUUGGAAAUGUAGCCAGGACACCAAGGUUAACACCUUACUCUUACGAUAAGUGCAAUGGGAUCUUUAGUGACCACAGAGAGUCAGGACACCUGUUUAACGUCUCAUCCGAAAGACGGCACCCUCCACAGGGCAAUGUCCCCAAUCACUGCCCUGGGAUCUUUUUGUUUUUGACCAGAGGAAAGAGUGCCUCUUACUGGCCCUCCAACAUCGCUUCCAGCAGCAUCUGGUCUCCCAUCCAGGGCCAACCAGGACCGACCCAACCUGCUUAGCUUCCGAGGAAAGCCAGCAGUUGUCUGCAGGGUGGUAUGCUGCUGGCUAAAACUCAAAAGCAUAAAAUAAUAUUGUAAAAAUUAUCUGCUAACAAAAGUAAUUCAUCCUCUCAGUAAAUCUCCAAGAUAUUCUGCCCCAUAAACUCAAAGGCCUGAAAUAAUAUAGAAAAUCUCUGCUAAGAAUCCAGUAAUAAUUCAUCCUCUUUUUGUAUACCUUCUGAAAUAGACACUUUCAGUUCCCAGUCAUUAACACUUAAAACACAUGGAAAGACAGGGUGCACUGCGCCAAGGGUAUAAAUGAAUAGUCAUGGUGGGCCAUUGAUGGAAUAAAUUAUAAAUGAUUUAAGGGCAUGCCAUUAUGAAGGGCUUGAAUAGCCCUGGUCUUGCUGGGCAUCACCCUAUUUCAGAUUGGAUUUCUGAAAGUCAGUGGUGCGUCAGAGUGGCUGACAUUGAGAAUGUUAGCCCUGACAGGCAUCGUAGCUUCUCUCCUUUUCCAAUAUUCUGGGAAAGAGGAAUAUUAGCCAACAAAAAUAAUUUCAUACAAACACAUGAUGAUGGUUUGAUGAUUUUCAAUCAAGGAGAUUUUUUUGUACAAUUCCAAUACUAAGAAUUUGGUAUAAACGGUUGAUAUGUCAUAUCAAUUAUUCAGGUCCACUAUAAAAGUAACUAUUCAUUUUGACACAUAAACUGUGAGGAGUGAAAGAGGACAGACUAUAAACCAUGCUUCAAAUUAUGGUGGCCUGUUACUUGUCACCACUGGGUCUGUUCAAACUUAGAGUAGCCUUGAGCAACCCCCCCCCUCCCCCUUCUCCCUCCCCAAAAGUAUCCAUUGUUCUUUAUUUAGAACAUUAUGUGCAUUAAAAGUGUCUAUUCAUGGAUUUCUCACCUGGAAGACAUUAAGCCCAUUAAUGUUAGUAGCUGACCUGUUGAUUUGCACAAUACUGCACAAAAGUUGGGCCCAAGUAUAAUUACUAAUGUGUGUACUAAAUAGGAAACGCUUAGCAUUUAUUUUUACUGUUGGGGAAAUGUGAGAACCAUUAAAGAGGCAUUGUUUGUGCUUAAAAUCUCUUAAUAAGCUGUGGCUAAUUGUUAUAAAUAUUGCAAUAAAGAUUUAUCAUGCUACAAUUGAGAUUUUAGAGCCUGUGAUUUCUUACAUCAGUAAAGCUAUUCAUAGGAACACGUAAUGAAGAUGCAUUUUGACUGCUCCAUUUAUUUAUUUAUUUGUUCGUAUGUGGCAUACUACAGUGGCAGGUAAUGUAGUUAUAUUACUAGCAGUGUAUGCAGAUUGAUGCAAACAUAUCUACACCAGCUGAACAUCUCUAUAUCCUGCAUAACCACUGUAAAAUACUUUGCUAAACUAACCUAGGUAUCUGUGUUCCUUGCAGAUCUUUGGCCUGAUGUCAGUCACACGGUCCUACAGCGGUUCCAUAGGCAGUGACCAGGACACAUACAGGAGGUUGAUGGUGAUGGGCGUCCGGCUGGCCUCCUGGAACCAGAUCCUGGACCCCUGGGUCUACAUCCUGCUGCGCCGGGCCGUGCUGAGAAAGAUCUACCGCAUCACCAAGAGCCGAGCCAGCUUCAAGAACAGCACCUUCCGCCACUGGGACAUCAGCUCCUUCCAGAACUCUGAGAAAAUAAACACUGUCAACAGGAUCUGA